GGGGAUGGGGAAACGCGCGGGGCUCCCCACAGAGGAACCCCCAACCCCGGAGCCGCGCCUGGGGGGGCGAGAGCCCGGCGGGACCCCGCCGCCAGCACCCCGUGAGCCGGGCGAGGCGGGGGGCAGCGGGACGGUGGCGGGGCUCCCCCGGCCCGGAGCCUCAUCGGCAGGCAGCCGGCACCGUUCCCGCACCAUUGCCAUGGAAACCGGCAGGGCCGGCGUUCCUCCCGGCGGGGUGCCCAGGCCCGGGCUCCGCGUGCACGGCUCGGCCGCGCGGCCGCCGGGGCCUGCGGGGCUCUGCGCGGGGAGCUCCGCCGGGCCGCGGCCAGGGGCGGGCAGCGCCCGCGGCCCCCCACCGGCGUCUCGGCGCUGCGGCGGCCGGCCCGGGCCUCGGCGGGCGCGGGGGUCGGCGGGGCUGGGGGCAGCGGGCGGCCUUUGUAGGGUGCGGGAGCGGAGCGCGUGUGCGUGCGGGGUGGGACACGCGCACACGCGCAGACACGCGGACACACGCGCGCACGGACGCGCACACGCACCGGCAGCCGCCCGCCCGCCGAGCCGGCGGAUCCAGGCGGGGACGGAGCCUCCCCGGGCGCGGGGAUGCUGCCGCCGCCUCCGUCCCCGCCGGGCGGGAGCGCGGCCCGGGCGCCCGCCGCCGUCGCCGCUCUGAUGCCUUCGGGGUGCCCGCGCCGGGCCCCGCAGCCGCGGACAGCCCCCCGCGCCGCAGCCUGAGCCAUGGAGGAGCCGGACCCGCCGCACACGGGCGACGCCGUCCCCGCGGCCUCGGCCUCCGCCUGCCCGGACGUGUCCCUGGCGCCGGCCACGCGUGAGGGCGAGGGGGACGCCGCCGGCGGGGCGAGCCGCCCGCCGUCCCCGGGCCCGGAGGGGGCCGGAGCAGCCCAGCCCCAGGAGGGAUCCCGCAGCAGCCUCCGCGCCCCCCCGGCGGACCCGCAGCGGGUUCGCCCCGCGCCGGAGCUCGUUAGGCCUCGGCAAGCCAUGGACGGGCUCGGACGUGAGCGGACAGACGGCCUGGCCCAGAGCGGGGCUGACUACAGCUUCCUUGUGAGCCAGAACACGAAGCUCCUGAGUGCACUGGAGGACCUGCAGCACCGCUACUCUAGUCUCAUGGAGGAAAACAGCUUGCUGCGCAGGAGCUGCUUCCCUGAAACAGAGGAGAAGGUUAAGCACCUGAAGAGGAAGAACGCAGAGCUGGCGGUGAUCGCCAAACGCCUGGAGGAGAGAGCCCGGAAACUCCAGGAGGCAAACCUCAAAGUCGUAACUGCUCCGGUGCCUCUAAAGGGUUCCAGCCUGGAGCUGUGUAAAAAAGCAUUUGCCUGCCAGCGUGCCAAGGACCUGACAGAGCAAGCCAGUGCUCUCCUGGCGAAAGACAAGCAGAUUGAAGCUCUGCAGCAGGAGUGCCGGGAGCUGCAGGCUAAGCUCAUUGCAGGGAAGGAUGACCCUUGCUGCCUAAACGUUGUUGAGUUUGAUCGGCUGCUGCGGGAGUCCCAGAAAGAAGUGCUGCGGCUGCAGAGACAGAUUGCUCUGAAGAAUUUCAAGGAGUGCCUGCGUUCCUCUAAAACCAGUUCAGGCAGCUCUUUGCCAAGUGCCACCACCUGCCUGGGAGCAACACUAAAUACCUGCAUCAAAGACUCACUUCUACCAAAGGAGGCCCGCUCGGGAGACCCAGUGCUAAGAGUGGAAGCACACAGGAAGGUGGAACCAGGUGUGCUACCAUUGGGCAUUGCCUCUGAAGGACAUGAAAAUUUCCCUCCUAGAAAUGCAAUAACAGACCCAGAGAGCAGCCAACAGAUUCAGCAGCUGGAAUUUGAACUCAAGAAAAAGCGCAAAAAAUGUGAAAACCUUGAGCAUGAAGUGAGGAAAAAACAUAAAAGAUGCAAAGAACUCGAGAUCCAGCUGCAGGAGAUACAGAGUGAAAAUGCACGACUGGCUGAAGAGAACUUGCAGCUGAAUGAGAAGGCUGGAUGGGCAGGACAGGUUGAAUCUGAGAAUGCUGACCUGAAGUUGCAGGUUGUUUUGGUUACUAAGGAACGGGAUUCAGUAAUUCAGACAAAUCAAGGACUUCAAACCAAGCUGGAGAAUCUAGAGCAGGUGUUGAAGCACAUGAGAGAUGUGGCUGAGCGAAGGCAGCAGCUGGAAGCCGAACACAAGGAAGCGCUGCUAGUCCUGCAGGAGAAACAAGAGGAAGUCAGACGGUUACAGCAGGCACAGGCAGAGGCAAAAAGGGAACAUGAAGGAGCAGUACAGCUUCUAGAGGCCCGGGUGAAAGAUCUAGAAGAGCAGUGCCGCAAUCAAACAGAGCAGUUCAGCCUCCUGUCUCAGGAACUCAAACAAUUCCGACUUCAAACAGGAAAAAUUGACCUUCUCACCUCUACACUGGUGACUUCUGAGCUUCCUCUUGCACUGUGCAGCUCUAGCCCACAGCUCCACUGGGAGAAAGAUUCAACUGGUCCUGCAUUGCUUACUCACCAAAGCACAAAGAAGGUUCACAAUGAAGAGACUGAUGAGUUGGAGUCAUCACAGCGGGUUCCUGAUGCUGCUGUUGGUUCCCCAGUUUCUGCUACUGGUUCUCAGAAACAAGCCAAAAAAGUUGAAUCUCAGUCAAGCUCUUCAAAAUCAGAAUCCAUGCAGAACAGUCCAAAAUCCUGCCCAACUCCAGAGGUGGACACAGCGAGUGAAAUGGAAGAACUGGAUGUUGACAGCAUCUCUCUAAUGCCAGAGACAGGUAGCCAAGGCCCUGCAAAGCUCCAGGUCUUCCUGGCUCGAUACAGCUACAAUCCAUUUGAUGGACCUAAUGAAAAUCCAGAGGCAGAACUUCCACUGACUGCUGGAGAGUAUAUUUACAUCUAUGGAGACAUGGAUGAAGAUGGCUUCUUUGAAGGGGAGCUGAUGGAUGGCCGGCGAGGGCUGGUCCCCUCCAAUUUUGUUGAGCGAAUUUCAGAUGAUGACCUCAUGACGUUUCUGCCUUCGGAGCUGAAUGAUCUCACCCAUAGUUCAUACCAAGAGAAAAGUUUUGUCAGUGCAAGCACCAGCAGUGGGGAUAAGAGUGAUUUCUCCAUUGAAGAGAGUAGCAUCAGUCCGUUGGCCAGUAGAGCAGAAGGAGACCAGGAGGAAGCUGUUAGUCACACAGCAGUGCCUUACCCAAGAAAACUGACUUUGAUCAAGCAGCUUGCCAGAAGCAUAGUUGUAGGCUGGGAACCACCACUUUUGCCGACUGGCUGCCCAGACAUACAAAGCUACAAUAUCUAUGUGGAUGAAGAGCUACGUCAAAAUGUGAAGAGUGGCUUUCAGACCAAAACAGUGAUUGAAAAGCUGGAUUUAAAGACGAAGGCUUACCGUGUGUCUGUGCAGAGCGUGACAGAGCAAGGCAGUUCUGAUAAACUGCGAUGCACUUUCUUUGUGGGGCAAGAUUUUUGUUUGGCACCAACUAUGCUGAAAGUCAGAAGCGUCACUGCCACAUCAGCAGAAGUCACAUGGCUUCCCUGCAACAGCAAUUAUAACCAUGCAGUGUAUCUCAAUGGGGAGGAAUGUGACAUAACAAAACCAGGGGUCUACUGGUAUGCUUUCCGCAACCUGCAGCCAAGCACUCAGUAUGUUGCCAAGCUGGAAGCCCGACCCUUGAAAACUCCUUGGGAAGAGGUCCCAGAGGGGCAGGAGCAGAACUCAGCUGUGAUACACUUCACUACCCCACUAGCAGGUACGCCUGAUGCUCCUCUGGAUGUCCAGGUAGAAGCUGGUCCCUCGCCAGGUAUCCUAGUUAUCAGCUGGUUACCUGUCACUAUUGAUGCCGAAGGAUCUUCCAACGGAGUUCGAGUCACUGGUUACGCUGUGUACGCGGACGGACAGAAGGCAAUAGAAGUUACUUCUCCAACAGCUGGGAGCAUUCUUGUGGACUUGUCCCAGCUUCAGAUGUUCCAGGUGUGCCGGGAAGUUUCUGUGAGAACAAUGUCUCUGUAUGGAGAGUCAGUGGAUUCAGUUCCAGCCCAGAUUUCCUCAGUCUUGCUGAGAACAUCUCGUCACUCUUCAAAUUCAGAUUCUGCUGUUUCUACUACUUUUACCUCUAGACUGCCCUGCAGAGAUCCUAGGGGCUCUCUGUCUGCACGCAGCCCACCCAUGCACCAGACAGUGGCACUCUUGCUUCAACAAGUUUCCACUGAUAUCUCAGAUGCCAAAUUGACUGAUCUUUCUUCCAGCCACGAUGGCUCAGCACGAUCUCUGCCAGAGAAAGCCUCCUCACCACUGCACCUCUACUCUCCCAGUGCUUCGUUGGUGCACACCAUAGGCACUUUCCCAGAGGGAUCAGGCGAUGCACAAGACAAGAAAUGUCUGACUGUGCCUCCUCAGCAAGCUGGCAGCACAGUGUUCCCUGGUGAGGGCACAGAGCCUGGCCCUUCAAAGGAAGCAGAAUUGAAAAGCUCAGACAAACGGACAGAGGUGAAGAUGGAACAAUCUGUAACCAAAGCACCUGAGCUAGAGACCCCAUCUAACAGUAGCCUGAAGAUACAUAUGGAGACCUGCUGUACGUGCUCUGUGGAAGAGCCACUAAAAAGUCCCAGUACUGAAAGAGAGAGAGAGACAAAGGAGAAGCACUUGACCCCAGAGCCUGUGCCCGCCCCAGGCCAGGCUGACAGGACAGAGGGCACCUCCCGAGAUGCAACCGCAGGUGGGAGCAGCUGCCAGGAGUUCCUGAGGUUGUCCCCUGGCAAGGAGGUGAUGAAAGAAAUGUCCAGAGUGAAAAGAGAGCAAGAAGAAAAACUGUCUGAAAUAGGAAGACGACAGCUUACCCUUUUUGCUGAGCACAACCGUAGUUCAGACCUUUCAGAUAUUUUGGAAGAAGAGGAAGAAGAUGAACUGUCUUCAGAAGCUCUGGAAGAGAAGAAAUGGGAUUCAAGAGAGCCCUUUUACAGGGAGAAUGGAGAAAAGAUGGAUCUUUGUGAUACUGACAGCGAUGAGGAGAUUCUGGAGAAGAUACUAGAGCUCCCACUUCAGAAGAACCACAGCAAGAAAUUGUUUAGCAUCCCUGAAGUGACUGAGGAUGAGGAUGAAGAUGAGGAUGAGAAGGGUGUUAUGGAGGAAAAGGCAAAUGUUCAAGACUCCUUGGAAAUGCCUACCUACCAUGCAGGAAGGACCGAGAAGCCACUCAGCAUCCAGGAGCCAUUUCUAAAGGCAGACGGUAGUGAUUCUUCCCCAGAUCUGUCCGCUGAGACCCCAUGGGAUGAGUGUACUGUUAAGGAGAGCAGAGGGGAUGCUGACCAUGAGAGCCCUGGGUUUGAGCCUCUGGGCUGGAGUCAGAAAAGGGCAAACUGGAACCGGGGCUACCAGGAGAAUGAUCCAAAGCCUGGGACUGGGGCAAUCCCCACUCAGAGCAAGAAGAAGGGAAACAACUAUCGAGAGAAGAUCUGGAGUCAGCCUGAGAUGGGUAGGAAGAGACAGAAUGAUCUCUCAGAGCAUUGCAGUCGUCUGCUGGGCAACUGCAGCCAGAUGGGAAGUAGAUUGUACAGAGCUCCUAGCCUCAGGGAAGAGCUGAACAUAGUGAGCAGCGCUGGUGGUAAGGAGGGGUUUGAUGUGUACAAUCGAGCCAGACAAGGAACCUCACGAAGAAACCACACGAAUGCAGUGGUUUCAGGGUUUGGAGAACCAGCUUUGGCAGCAGCACUCUGCUCCAGCCCCAGGAGCCUGGAAAUAGAUGUUGAAUACGACUCUGAAGACGAUCAGGAUUCAACCUGUGCAUCUCCCCCUGAGAGCAGGCUGUGGCCAGAAAGGUCCCAGAGCUGUGCGGGGGAUUGGAGUGAUUGCUCCAGUCAAUCUGAGGUUGUCCACAUGGAUGGCAGAAGGGACCUGACCAGACUGGAGAUGUUGGAAGAGCAGGACAUGGAGUGGGCUGGGUAUCCAAACCACCACCUGCAAUUCUUCUGCCAGGAGAAGGAGGCACUGAGGUGUGAGAGCAGCUCUGAGGAGCAGGGCUGGGAUCUGGACUGUAAGUCACCUGUCUGGAGAAGGAGGCUCGAACAUCCUUGGAAGGGGAUACGUAGCACCUCCUUGCACAAAAGGGCGUCUGGUAAUAAAGAUCCUAGGGGCCAGGAGCUGUCUGGCUCAGCUGCCUGGCAGGCUCCCAGCAGAAGAGGGAACAGGAGUGUAAGAAGAAGUCAAAUGCAGAAACCUUUGCUCUCUAGUCCAGGUCCUCCAAGAAGUGCUGCAUCAGCAACUGCUGUUAAAGAUGAUGGCAUUAGAAUAUUUGUGGCCCUCUUUGACUAUGAUCCUGUUUCUAUGUCUCCUAACCCUGAUGCAGCAGAAGAGGAGCUCCCAUUUAAGGAGGGGCAGAUCCUGAAGGUGUGUGGAGACAAGGAUGCUGAUGGCUUUUACCGGGGUGAAUGUGCAGGAAGAGAGGGUUACAUUCCAUGUAACAUGGUAUCUGAAAUCCAGGUGGAGAAUAAUGAAAUCAAGAGGCAGCUGCUAAAGCAAGGGUUCCUUCCUGCCGACACACCAAUGGAGAGCAUAGGAAAUGGCACAUUUUCUCCACCUCCACGCCGCCAAACCGUCCCUCCUCCAAAACCCAGACGCUCCAAGAAAGCAGAACUGGAUAAACAGGAGAAGCACAAGUCUCAAACAGGACAGAAGCAUCAGGACUUUGAAGCUGAACUACUUACUCCUCGAAGUAUGAUGGCUGUCUUUGACUAUAAUCCUAAGGAGAGCUCUCCAAAUGCAGAUGCAGAGGCUGAACUGACUUUCAGCGCAGGGGACAUUAUCACUGUGUUUGGGUCCAUGGAUGAUGAUGGAUUCUAUUACGGAGAGCUGAACCAACAGAGAGGGCUUGUCCCAUCAAACUUCUUGGAAGCUGUAACUUCAGAUGGAGGCAUGGUUGAGGAACUUCAUUCAAAAGAUAAAGAUGCUUUUCCACCAAGUUCUGAGAGCCAGUUAAAUCCAGAUGGAUCUGUUGAUCAAAGCGACUCCUCACCAACUCCUCCUACUGAACCACCUUCCUGCCUUGCCACAGGCGAGCAGUGUCCAGAGCAGGCAUCGCUGGCUAUUCUCAAAUGCAGUGAUUUACCUGGUCAGAGUAAAAAGAAGAGAGGCUUCUUCUUCAAAGGAAAAAAGCUCUUCAAAAAACUUGGGUCCAGUAAGAAAAACUAAUAAAGGAUUUACUGUUAGGUGUAGGCUGCCUGUGCAGUCCACACAGGCACUGAAAAUUGAGGAGAAGCCCUCUGCAAUAAGCUGAUUAGAGUAUUUUCAUAGGGGAAAAGUGUAUAUUGAAUAGAGAAAACUCUUCAGUGGGUCUGUGAGCUGUGGUCUCUGAUGAGAGCCCACUGGCAGUGACUCUGAACAGUGUCACAGCACUGAGGUGUGUGAGGCCUCAGCUCUAGGAUAAAGCUAACUCCACAUUAGUGUGUCCUGCUCCAUGCAGCCCUCAAUGCACCAAUUCCCUGUAAAUAUUUUAAUUUUAAAAAUAUAUUCUGACUGUAAGUUAGCUAAAUGGCUUUUCCCAGCAAAGCCCCAGCCCCUUAGGAAGAGCUCCCUUGUACUACACCCCUUGGUAUUUCUCUGGUCCAAAGGAGGUUGUGUCAAGUCCUUCACUUCCUGCAAAGAAAAAUUGCACUCUUCUGUUGCUGUGAACCCUCUUUGCUGUCUCUGGGCUGAAAAGUGAGUUAUUUGUACUGUAAAUAUGCAGCUGUGCCUAGGAGCAUCCCACACUGCCUCAGUCAUGUUUCAGCGUGAGGAUUCUUUUCCAACCUUAAUGAUUCUAUGAUUCCCGUGGAGGAAGGAGCGAUACCCAGAAGGGGGUCGAUACUUCCACUUGUAGCGUGGGCUGCUGUAAGCUGCUCUUGGCUGGUUCACCUUGACCACACACUGGCUGGGGACUCCGCCUUAUUUAUUUAUUUAUUUAUUUGUUUGUUUGUUUGUUUAUUUAUUUAUUUAUUUAUUUUGUCCGACUCAUUCACAGUUUUAUUUGGCUGUUUCAGUGGGCUGCUCCUCAGUUGGAGCUUGGAUGGAGCGUAGAGCUGGGGAUGGAGAGUUUGCAGCUAUUUUCAUAUGAGAUGUGUUCCUUCAGUUAAGACACAUCCCUUCCUAAGCCACGGAGAGUUUUGUACGACAUGGUUUCUACCCUUUUCAGUGUUUCUUUCUUUGCAUGUUUCAAUGGGGUACAUGUUUUGAGAAAGACAGUUACGUGAGGUAUGUGAAUUAUGCCAGCACAGUGUCCACAAGUGUUGGUGAUAAGGUAUGUUUUUAUUUAAUAUCAAAUUUUAUUAUAAUAAAGUCUAUUUUCACAAAAA